UCAGAGUCACUGCAGGCAAGCAGUGUGAGCAAAACUUGUGACCAAAGCAGCAGGAGAAGCAGCUCGGCUCUCUGCGUUAUAAAAACUGUACCACUGCCUCUCCACAGUCUCCCCGUCCAUCUCCGCAGCCCGAAGCGCUACCAGGCAACAUGGAUUGCGGAAUCGCCACAUCCAAGACCAUCCUCCUCUUCCUCAGCUUGAUAUUCUGGGCUGCAGGAGCGGCGUUGGCCUACGUCGGCGCCUACAUAAUCCAGAGCUACAACAACUUUGGCAGUUUCCUUCAGGACAAGCAGACGCUGGUCCCAGCGGUCAUCAUCAUCGGCAUCAGCGUCGUGAUGUUCAUCUUCGGUACCGUGGGAUGCUGCGCCACCAUCCGCGAGUCCAAGUUCGGCCUCAGCUUUUUCUUCCUCAUCAUCAUGGUGAUCUUUGCUGCUGAAGUGGCUGCUUUGGUGUUUAGCUUCAUCUACCAAGGAAAGAUAAAUGGAGACCUGGGCAAAUCUAUGAAUGACGUCUUCUUAAAGUAUGGACAGGACCCCGAGACCUCGGCUGUGGACGUGCUGCAGCGGGAGUUGAAGUGCUGUGGUGUCAGCAACUACACCAGCUGGUUCAACACUACCUGGUACACCAGCCACAACACCUCUGUGCCUGCGUCCUGCUGUAAGAACACGACCGGGUGUACUGGCAGCCUGGCCCAACUAGACCUAAUUUACCAGAGGGGUUGUCAGGGGAAACUGCAGAAGCUCAUACAUGACGUGUUGACUUAUGCCAUGCUGGUCGUUCUCGGCUUUGCCAUCGUCAAGUUCUUUGGGAUGCUGAGCGUUUGUGUGAUCACGUGUAGAAGUGGCAGCCGGAGGAGUGGCUACCAGCCUCUGUACGCCUAAAAACAUGUCUUCCUGCGACCGCCUACUGUACCACAUCCUCACUUUACUCUCCGCUAGGUUUGUUGACCGCUCACUGUGCUUUGUACAGAAGCAUUCAUUUACCGUGCAAAUUUAAGUAAUGACACUGUCUUAGUCUAAUGGGGAUCAUAACCAGAGCUGAUGAAAUCAACAUCGGUGUACCACUGACUUUUUUUUUUUUUUUUUUACCAGACAUAAAAGAGCUUUUGAAAGUUUUUUUUUUUUUUUUUUAUCUGAUGCAGCAAUUUGUCUCCAAUCUUGUCUGUAAACCUAGAGCUGCUGCUGUGACAUCAAAACAGAGAAAAAAAAUAACCUCUUUGGAAAUUUUUCUUCUUGUAUAUCUAUCGGAGCCUUCUUACUCUGCUGCAUCAUGUAGAUAUUCUUUUAAACGACAUUAUACUUUGGGGAAUACACAGUACUUUAAUGAAUGACUUCAAACUAUAUUUUAAACAUGUUGUGAUUGAGAUUAAAAAGGACAGAUGUUUAAUGCCUUAUUUAGGUUUGCAAUAUUUAUAGCCAACUGAACGAUUGAAUACAUAUAAAUGUAAUUUUAUGGUCAGUUAACUGUAUCGUAUUGUAAGUUGUAGUUCUACAUCUAGUUUCACGUUUGUUGUGUUUAUUACAUUUCUAAAUUAAAAAGGUGAAUAUUUCACAAUAA